CGCGCUGUUCUGCGUCCCCCAGCCCGCCCGCCCUGCCGCCAUGGGCUCCCUGCUCAGCCGGCGCAUCGCGGGCGUGGAGGACAUAGACAUCCAGGCCAACUCGGCCUACCGCUAUCCGCCGAAGUCCGGAAACUACUUUGCAAGUCACUUCUUUAUGGGAGGUGAGAAGUUUGACACCCCUCACCCCGAGGGCUACCUUUUUGGUGAGAACAUGGAUCUAAACUUCCUCGGGAACAGACCUGUUCAGUUUCCCUAUGUAACUCCAGCUCCACAUGAGCCAGUGAAGACACUGAGAAGUUUGGUGAAUAUCCGCAAAGACUCUCUCCGGCUGGUCAGGUAUAAAGAUGAUGUGGACAGCCCUACUGAGGAGAAUGGGAAGCAAAAGGUCCUGUACAGCCUGGAGUUCACCUUCGAUGCAGAUGCUCGUGUUGCCAUCACCAUCUACUGCCAGGCUACAGAAGAGUUUGUUGGUGGAAUGGCAGUGUACAGCACAAAGAAUCCCUCUCUGCAGUCGGAGACAGUUCAUUACAAGAGAGGGGUAAGCCAGCAGUUCUCCCUGCCUUCCUUCAAGAUUGAUUUCUCAGACUGGAAGGAUGAUGAGCUGAACUUUGACUUGGACCGUGGAGUGUUCCCUGUGGUCAUCCGAGCAGUGGUGGAUGAAGGGGAUGUGGUGGUUGAGGUGACAGGUCAUGCCCACGUUCUUCUGGCUGCCUUUGAAAAGCACGUCGAUGGCAGUUUUUCCGUGAAGCCGUUAAAGCAGAAGCAGAUUGUUGACCGGGUGAGCUAUCUGCUUCAGGAGAUCUAUGGCAUCGAGAACAAAAACAACCAAGAGACCAAGCCUUCAGAUGACGAGAACAGCGACAACAGCAACGAGUGUGUGGUUUGCCUGUCUGACCUGCGCGACACCCUGAUUCUGCCCUGCAGACACCUCUGCCUCUGCAAUUCCUGCGCCGACACCCUGCGCUACCAGGCCAACAACUGCCCCAUCUGCAGGCUGCCCUUCCGUGCCCUGCUGCAGAUCCGGGCUGUGAGGAAGAAGCCAGGGGCUCUGUCGCCAGUGUCCUUCAGCCCUGUCUUGGCACAGAGUGUGGACCACGACGAGCACUCCUGUUCCUUUAAAGUCCUUAAGGUCAGCACUGUCUCCCUGCCCAGCAGGAAACCUAGAAGGGAAACAAGCUCUGAUAACAUCCCUCCAGGCUACGAGCCCAUUUCCUUGCUGGAAGCGUUGAACGGCCUCCGCUCCGUUUCCCCCUCCAUCCCCUCAGCUCCUCUGUAUGAGGAAAUCAGCUACUCUGGAGUGGUGGAUGGGAUGCCACCGGCGGGCCGACCCCUCGUUGGGAUGGACAGAGCCGUGGAGAGCAGCCACCAAAAGGGCAAGCGGAGCAAGUCUCCAGAUAGCACACUACGGUCUCCCUCGUCCCCAAUCCAUGAGGAGGAUGAAGAGAAGCUCUCCGAAGACUCUGACUCACCACCAGCACUGAGUGGUGGUGAGCUGGUCCUGAGAGAAACCAGCCCUCCAGAAAGUGUGGCGGGGGAGGAGACCGAGGAGGCCUCGUCCUUGCAGGGUAGCCGCCCUCCCUCGGUUGAAGAUGUCCUGCAGGAUGCCAGCUGCAGUGAGCACAGGAGCCUGACGCAGUCGGAGAGCGACCCUCCGGUAGACGUCUACCUGCCAGGCUCAUCUGACUUCACCAAGAUGCUCCCCGGCCGCGGCACUGGCAGCCCCACGCAGCCCCUUCUCUUCAAGCAGACACGUCUUCACCUGGAGGACGAGCAGAGCCUCUUGUGAGCGGGGCUGGAACACCCCUGCCCCAGCCGCUGGACCCCAGACCCCACGCACAACCUCUUCCCCCCUUCCCCGGCGGGGCUGGCCCGAGCUCACCACCCCGGGGUUGCAGCGUGUCCCACCAGCAGGGUUGGCGUGUCCCACCAGCACGCUGUCGGCACAGCCCAGUGAUUUUUUAAAAGACGUGCAUGCUUCCUGGCGGUGGGUAGGGGCCGGCGUCGUGUUUUCACUUGGGGGGUGUGGCGGGGGGUUGGAUUUUUGGGGUUAAAAUCAGCAGAUGAAGGACACUACCGUUGUAUAUUUUGUACACACCAAGCACAGCCCUUUGCUGUCACUGCCCCUGUACAUAGCUGCGGCCCUCCCUGCCUGCCCUGGGUGCUGGGGUGAGCCUUGCCGGGACACGGGCUUCCGCCGAGUUGGGGUAAGGCUAGGGGUCAGCCUCGGCCCACCCUGAACGGGCCCGGGCUGAGCCCCACGCCUCCCUCCCUUCUACGCGGAGCCCGGCGCUGCCCACGCCGUGUGCCUUGUUCUGCUUCUGCGGCGGGUCCUGGGGCGAGCCCCUCUCUCUUCCCUCUCUAUGUUUGUAGGAAUAAACCCGUGG